CCUCAUUUCUCCUGCACCGCGAAGGGGAGAGAGUUGGAUGGCGACAUUGGCCUUCGUCUGCGCCAUGAGGCCAGUUCAGCCCGCCUUGCCAUCGCCGUGGCAUCUGCCGGCGCGCCGUUGGCUCUUGGGCGUGCAGGGCCAACGUCUUGCGCGCCAUCGCAUGAAGACGCACAGGCAUCCUCCCAGGUCAGCAUUGCUCUCCAAUCUCAGCAGCGACUCAGGCAGCGUUGAGACGCUCCGGAGCAUGAUUCUUGCGGCCGUCUCGAGGAGUGGUGGCAGCGCCGCAACUUUCCUCGCAGUGUUCACGAUCUCUGACAGGCCUGCGCGCGACGGAUGGCUUGGACGUGAUCAACGGCUCGCAGGGAGCGAAAUGAGCGAAGAUCCCCAGGGCUCGCCCGUCGACGCCAUGUUUCCUUCUCGCAUCCUGCGUGCCGUGUCGGACAGGCUCCGUCUGUGCUGCUGUGUCGAUCCGCGUCGAAUGGGGCGGAUGGGGCCCGCCAGGCACAAGCAGGUUAGGGGCGUCUGGCGCGCGCUGUGGCCGUUGAUUGACGUUGAUCACUUGCAUUUUCGAGCAGCCCGCAGGCCAAUGGGAGCAACUCGGAGGAUGCGUCUGCCCCGAGUCGACGCUGGGCUAGCAGGACGUCGAGGACAGCAGGCCGAGGACUCGAGGGAACCGAGCAGCUGUCGCAUCUGAGACACGGCACCGCGAGCGCAACCUAGGCUAUAUCGCGGCGGAGUAUUAUCGUGGGUUGCGGGCUCAGAGG